AUGUCCGACAGUGAGCAGCAAGCCCCAGCUAAGAAAUGCGAUGCAGGAGGAAGUUCAACAUCCACUGCUUCUACGAAGGCACAAAAGGCAACUACUGUGCUGAAUACUCGUCGUACCGUGUGCGAGCAACAAAUGGAGCGCAGCCGCGACUUCGUUGAACGUAUGAAGCAUGAUCCCGCCUUGAUUUCCACAUCGGAGCUGACUAUUCGCCUUGAAGCUCUGGAAAAUUCAUUCAGCACAUUUCUCAUCGUUCAAUCAAAAAUAGAGGAAAGAGAUCCUGAAGAAACUUCACAUCAUCAUCGAUCUACUUACGAGGAGUUAUACUACUUAACUGCAUCUAACAUAAAGGUUAUGCUCAGAAAAUUAGAUCACGGAGCCAACACAACCAUCAUGGAUAACGUAGUGGCAGAAAGAGCACGCCCAGUAAGACACGAUCAACUCAUGGCAGACAUGCCUGAACUCCGAGUACAACAAUCAAGGCCGUUUAAUAUUGUUGGAAUUGACUACUGCGGACCCUUUUUCGUUCAUUUUCGCCGCCGCGCCACAGCACCAACAAAGGCAUAUGUUGCUAUAUUCGUAUGCUUUGUCACCAAGGCCACGCAUUUGGAGCUUGUUGACGACCUCAGUACUAAAGGCUUUCUCAACGCUUUGAAACGUUUUAUAGCUCGCCGUGGCCGUUGUGCGGUUUUAUAUAGCGAUAACGCUACAAAUUUUGUCGGCGCCCGAAAGGAGCUAGAAGAGCUUUCCAGUAUGUUUCAGCAAAAACAAUCUCACGACGAAAUCGCAAAGGAAUGCGUUAUUAAUGGAAUUAUUUGGAAGCAUAUACCUCCCCGGUCUCCGCACUUUGGCGGCCUGUGGGAGGCUGCUGUUAAACCUUUCAAAUACCACUUAAAACGAAUAAUGAAUAACUCUUCACUAACUUUUUCAGAGUUUAAUACCCUAAUCAUCCAAAUCGAGUCAAUACUCAACUCUAGGCCGAUCACAGCGGUUCCUGAAAACGCCUGCGAUGCACCUGCCCUUACUCCUGGACAUUUCAUUAUUGGUACUGCGUUAAAUGCUAUUCCUGAACCAGAUGUAAAGGCCGCCGAAAACUUCAAUCGCUUGCAGAGGUACCAGCAGUUACAGUGGUACUUCCAACAAUUCUGGGACAAAUGGCAUAAGGAUUAUUUGCAAAGCUUGCAUGGUCGCAAUAAAUGGCUAAAGAAAGGUCCGCCUUUGAAUAUUGGAGAUAUAGUAAUUUUCGAGGAAGAAAAUAUUCGCCGCUUCAGUGGAAGCUUGCACGCAUAA